AAGUAAUACACUAAAUAUAAUAUGAAACGUUUACACGAAACCGCGAUUGCUCAGGAGCUACCGUCAACGAGUGAUACUGAUAAGGGAAAGCGUGCUAAGAAAACUGUAUCCGUCCCAUCAGAAGAAGAUGGUUGUGAAGAAGAUGAUCACAGGCAUAGUGAUAAUGAAACUUUAGGCAGCAGUCAUAACACGCCACGCCUUGGCAAAUGCGAAGUAUGCGCCGCCAACAAUGCUCGCUAUUGCUGUCCAAAAUGUGAGGUAAAGACUUGUUGCUUACGAUGUGUGCAAAUACAUAAAAAAGAGCUUGACUGUGACGGCAUUCGCGAUCGCACUAAAUUUAUACCCCUGCGUAAAAUGACGAAAAUGGAUUUUAUGAACGAUUAUUACUUCCUGGAGGAGUGUACACGUUUUGUGGAUGAUCGCAGAAAAGAUAAAAUUAAACGUUUUACACGUUACAAUAAAACCUUACCAACUCAUUUAUUUCGUUUACGUGGUGCUGCAGCUGAUCGGGGCACGGUACUUCGUUUUUUACUGCCAAAUUUUACUCGCCACAAAACCAAUACAACUUUUUACGACUGGAAAUUAAGAAAAAUUUUAUGGCGUUUAGAAUGGGUAUUUGUCAACGUGGGCUCAAUGCAAUAUGUGGACGAGCGGUGCGAUGAGGAUUUAACCUUGGCUCAAUUGCUGGAUAAAUAUGUGAAUACAAAAAAUACUGAGAUUAUUCCACAAAAGAAGUCUUUGCAAUACUAUCAAAGUGCCGGCCUUAGUCAAUUGAAGUUGCUUCUAAAAGCGGAGGGUAUCAAAUGUUCAAGUACACGUUAUUACGCCUUAGAUGUGCAUAAAACAUUGAGAGCAAAUUUAGCAGGCAAAACUUUGGUAGAGUUUCCUUGCAUUUUCGUUAGCUACGAAGAGCAUCCUGCUGGUUGUGACAUCAUAGACAGCGAUGAAGACGUUGAAGAAGAAACCAGAAGACAUGAAGCCAAAAUAGAGGUAUUACACAACCAACGUUUGGCUGAAUAUUCAUCAAAAAAAGGAUAUGUUGCCUCAGGUGAAGGACAAGCGACACACGAGGCAGAAAAAAAAGCAAAAGUUUUAGCAGACAGACGAAAUGAAGCUCGUGGGCGUAAGCGUGAAGAGUUCGAGAAAUCGCCCAGUAACUUCCUUUUUACAGACGAGCAGUUGUGGGAAAUGCUGUCUUCAUCAUCCUCAGGUGAUGACACGGAAGAAGAAACGACAAAAAGCUAACAAUAACAUGUAAAAUAAUUAAAGAACAAAAUUUUAAAAACAAAUCUAA